AUGGAAAGCUCGAAAACUGGCAGUGACGAUAAUUUCCGUCGUCCUACUGAGCCUGGCCCAUCUUUUCAAGCGCCUGAAAGUAGUACGCACGGUGGGAAAAGACGUGGUUCUGGGAGGAAACGCAAGCAUGACGAAGGCUACGAGAACGUUCGAAGUGCGAUUUGGAAGACAAUUUCCUUGCACAAUGAUGUAUACGACCAGUGGAUGGAUGUACGCAAAACUCACGGCUUUAAGCAGAACUCAGAUUUUGCCCAAUUUCUGUUGAGAUGCGUGAGAAAUUCAACUGACAUUGAAAUUUCCUUGAUCCAAAAUACAACAGACCAGUCCGAGCUUGGUCCUCAAGCAACAUCAACUCCUCGAAAGGCAAAAACAUCAGGUAUUUAUGCUUUUUUUUCUCAUACGUAUGCCUUACUCACCUAUGUGUUUUAAAUUUAUAAAUGAUAUAUACAGUGAACUGAAUCUAUAAUAGUUUAGUAUAUAAGAUUUAUACCAUUGUAAUGUUCUUAUAUGACGUCACAUAUCCUUAGAGUGUCCUCCAGAUGCUCCCUAACAAUAUCUGUUCGGGUACAACAACCACAUACAGCACAAAUAUUGACCAUUUUAAUACAAAAUUAUUAUAAACUUUGUUUACAAGAGUUAUAUUAUGCAUAGAUUGCUAAUUUGUCCUCCAGAUGCAUCAUCACAGGUGCUGUGACAUCAUAUGCAAUGGGUCUAUUGUCUAUUGUUCCUCUUACUGUUUGACCUAUUGGCUAUACCCAUUAUAGAACACAUGGCGGUAUUUUCUUUCUUAGUCCUUGCUACAAUUUCAUCUUGAAUAUUUUUCUUGUUUUAUCUCUCUAAUUAUACUUUUAUAUGAUAUGGGCUUGUUAUUCCUUCAUAAAUUCCUGUAGGGUAUGUAUUUAGGUAAAUUUGGUUCAAUGCAAUACAUACUGCUUGUGUGAAAUAUAUUAUAUAUACAAAAUAUAUUUCAUUUGUUAGACUGCAGGCAGGCUAACAAACCAUGCACUAAUGCACUCAAUUUAGACAAGAUAUGUUAUUUGAAACCAAUUACCAAUAUACCAACUUUUGUUUUGACUGCUAGUGGGAUAGAAUUACAUUUCAAUUAAGCAUAAAAUGUAGCUCAGAGUAAUUAAAAUAUGAAUGUAAAAGUAUUGUAUCAAAAAUUUGUAUCGCUGCCUCUCCCAAUUCUCCUCUGCAGAAGCUUUAUGUUUUGUUUUGGGUUUUGUUUUGUGUUUUUCACAGGCGGGAUAAUUGCGGGUUAUGCAGACUAGGGGAAAACUCUCAAUCUCCCACAUAUGUCUCUAACCACACCAAUUAGAAUUGUAAACAUACAAGAAUGUGUAAACUGUAGGUGUGGCCACAGACAUUUGUGGGAUCGAAUGUGAUAAGAAUUUUUGCUAAAAUGCCACACUUCGACAAGUUCUGUAAUAGUACAUGUACUUAUAUGAACUUUAGAAAGAAACAUUUAUGUGCCUAUACAAAUGUAUGAAAAAUGCCAAACUGGAAUGCAGGCUGGCCAUAUCCACAAAACACAAACAUUCUCCAACUAUAAAAAUUUUUGCUGCAAUGCUACAGUUCAGUGAGAUCUGUAAUAUAUUGAAUCUUGUCUAAGCUAUAUGUAUAAUUCAAUUGCAAUGUUAUAUAAACAAAUCAAAUAUCAUUUGGAUGUGCAGUUGCCACUAGCCACCAUAAAUUUGUUUACUUCUAUAUAUAUUGAUAUGCAUACGACUUAUAACUGUGUAUAAUGUUUUAGGUAUACCUGAAUCAACAAUCAUGGAGCUCACCAUACCCACACAUGAGAAAGUUUUUAUUGACUCUGUCAUUAGAAAUACAUCAAUUGCUAUGCAGUCUCAUCCAGUAGACAGUGAUGAUGAAAGUGAAAAAGAAGAUUCUGAUGAUGAUGAUGAUGACAGUGCAGACGAGAGUGGUGAUGGUGUUCAUUGCGAGUCAGAUGCUGAUGAUGUCAGUUCCCAUGAUGGUGACAGUGACAGGGAUAUUUCAUAUUAUGUCUUCCCAGAUUUUGAUCGACUUGACAUUAGUUGUAAUAAAGACUCUCUUGAUCAUGAACAGGGUGCUAUUGACACAACACAGAUUGGUCCAAUUGAUAUGGAAAUUAGUAGUUCAAGUGAUGAAUUAGGUUCCAUUGAAUGUAAUGUACCUGUGCUCCAACCUGAGUUAGUGGAGGGAAACAGUCCUUCAAUCAGACUUCUUCCUUCUGGUUAUGAGAAUGAAAAAGCUGUGAAUCUGAAGGAGGAACUUUCUUUAGUGAAUGAAACAAAGUUCAUUUGUAGCAUGUCAAGCAUUCGGGAAUUGUUCUCUUUUUGUAUGGAUGUUGAUUGUCAAAUGCCAUUGGUCGAGGUAAAGGAAACCUUUGUUGGCUGUGUGUUGGAGAUAUGA